AGAAAAUCAACACCUGCCUUUCUGCAGUCCUGAAAAACAUGAUGGCCACAGAUUGGAAAAAUUAUAUUGUAAAUGGUUGGCAUUUAUAUAGCACCUUUAUCCAAAGCGCCGUACAAUUGAUGCUUCUCAUCCACCCAUUCACACACUGACAGCGAUUGGCUGCCAUGCAAGGCGCCGACCAGCUCAUCAGGAGCAUUUGGGGGUUAGGUGUCUUGCUCAGGGACACUUCAACACAGCCCAGGUGGGGGAUCGAACCGGCAACCCUCCGACUGCCAGACAACUGCUCUUACCCCUUGUGCCCAUGAGUGCUUCAUGAGAGUUUGGAAAUAUAAUUUUAUAUUAAGACUUCAGUUAAUUAAUUUGUAUUCAUUUUAAUUAUUCUAAGUAAUGGGAGUAUAUCAUUUUUAUUUAUCUGUUAAACUUUUCAUUGAUGUUAUCAUGCUAAUUAAAAUUAUAGAAAAAAAUGACAGAAGCAGGAUAUGAUUAUGUAAUCUUUCUUAAUUUAUUCUUAGAAAAAAUAGUACUUAAAUAAAAGUUUGUAUCAUUACAAUUUUCAAGUAGAAUAGUUUAUAUUUUUAGGAAAACUGUACCUGGAUUAUAGUUUAAUUCCAUUAUAUGGUACUUGUUGGUACUUUUAUUUUGAAAUUGUAGACCUUUCUUAUUGUCGCUAGCUUCACACUGCCUGUAUCGAAUAUCGAAUGGACCUGACUAGUCAAUGCUGGUCUUGUAGUUCCUUAGCUCGGAAGAGUAUUGAUUUUGUGCUGAACACAACUCGUUAAUUUUCUUACCUAGUUUUUAGUACAACAAAUUUAUCAAAUGGCAAUCUUCUGUAUACGGUGAACAGAGAGUUUUCCUAACAUUCAAGGGUGAAUAAUAAUUAUUGUAGAUAUAGGCUAAAAAACGUAGCAGCUCAUCUCAGCUGUGUGCAUGCUACCAUGUAUACCAGUCUGCUUAUCACGGGGAUAGUUGUAGGGGUAUAUUUAAUUGUGUACAAUACUUUCAUUAAAAGACUGAGGUGUAAGAGUUCUGUUCAAUUGCACGGGAAGACUGUGAUCGUAACUGGGGCCAACACAGGUAUUGGGAAGGCCACAGCCCUGGACUUGGCCAAAAGAGGGGCAAGGGUCAUCCUGGCCUGCCGAAAUCAGCAGAGAGCAGAAGCUGCUGCCCUUGACAUUAAGAGGGAAAGUGGGAAUGAUGAGGUGGUGUACAUGAAUCUGGACCUGGGGAGCCUGCAGUCUGUGCGCUCCUUCACUCAGACCUUCCUAAAGACAGAACCAAGGCUGGACCUGCUCAUCAACAAUGCAGGUAUCUUCCUGCAUGGAAGGACCGAGGAUGGCUUUGGUAUGAUCUUUGGUGUCAAUCACCUUGGUCACUUCCUGUUAACUCUUCUGCUGCUGGAGCGUCUGAAGAAGUCUGGCUCAAGCAGAGUGGUGAAUGUGUCCUCCGGAGCUCACAGAUAUGGCGCCAUUGAUUUCAACUACCUGAGCACCCAUAAAGACCUUGGUGUGGGGGACACGCCGACCCAGAAAUUCAAGUUGUACAGCCACAGCAAACUGUGCAAUGUGCUCUUUACUCAUGAGUUGGCCAAGAGACUGCAAGGAACCAGUGUCACCUGCUACAGUGUGCAUCCAGGAUUCGUCAGAACGGAAAUAGCUCGCGAUGCCACAAUAUGGUGGAAGAUCCUCUUCGGUCCUUUAGUCCUCCUGUUCACUGUAGACCCAGAUUCUGGAGCCCAGACCACUCUGCACUGUGCCCUCCAGGAGGGCAUUGAGCCGCUGAGUGGGUGUUACUUCUCCGACUGUGCCGUGGUGGAUCUUCUCCCCAAGGCCAAGGAUGAUGCAGUGGCCAGAAAGCUGUGGGAAGUGAGUGAGAGACUGAGCGGCCUGUGCUGAGACUGCCUUUCUGCACUCCUGAAACACAAGGAUUGGAAAAUGCAUUUUCUACCUACGAGUUUGGCAAGAUUUUAUGUCAGGGGUCUACAACCACCCUGGUCACAGUUGCAGAGUGUUCUGGUUUUUGCUGGCCCACACAAACUGCUGUUUUUCGGAGCUGUUUGUAAAACGAUUUCCCACGUGACAUGCAUAAUUAUCAGAUGACAUUGCCAAAUAUUAACACAGAGCUGUCCACAGGACGUGGAGGGAGAGGGGAAUUGGUCGGGUUUGGGACUAUUCAAAAAACCAAUGUGCCUGCUCUUUGUGAAUGUUUUUUUGGCGUUUUAGAUCCCAAAACCAGGAGGAGAAUGCUGAUGCAUGUGGGCCUUUAAUAGGUCAUUAAUCGAGCUUAUUGCACUAUUAGCUUAUCUUACCUAGUUUCCUGGGUCUUGAUAUUUUGCUGAUGGUAAAAACAAAACAUGCAGACCCCAUGGGCAUCCAGGAUCAGGGUUGCAGGCCCCUACCUAAGCAGAAUAUGUUAAAAAAAACAUUUAAAAAAAAGUAAUUGUGAUUAACAUGCUACCAAAUUAAAAUGUACAUGGAAAUUAGGCUGUUGCUCUACCUAGGUAAGACUGUAUUUGUCCUAUUUGGUUCCUAGAAUAGGUCAGGCAAGGAGACCGAACUUGCCAUAACAACUGGAUGGCUAUCUGUUACAUCUAAACCCUCUGUUAAGUAUCUAUGUAUCCGAAUUUGGCUUCCUCCAUGGUCUGCUCCGUCUUUGACUGAGCACAACUACAGUAUACAUUGAAUCACUGGCAUAGUUUGGCCUUGUGGGGAGGGCUCAUUUAUACAGCUUCAGUGGAUUAGGAAAUUAGGAAAUUUUUAGAUACCUUUCUGUCUAACCUGUCUAACAUGAUGUUAAAAUUGUAUGUGUAUUUUUAUUUUAAAUGUUAUUAUUCAUAAUUUGUCUAAUAUCAUUUCCAAUGCACAUAACACACUCACUCAAUGAUGUACUGUAAGUUUAUUUAAAGUCCACCUUUAAUGCUUAAAUCAUCAAACACCUGUUUCCACUUUUUCAUUUUAUUCCUGACACUGCUUUUUUUGUUUUAUACAA